UCGCAGCCCCUUGCAAAAACCCUAGCUCCCUUUCUCCUGUCCUGUGUUCCAUUUAGCCUCUACACUUUUCGCCCCGGAACACCGCAGCAGCCGCGGCAGAGGCGAGCUCGGAGCCAGAAGCAGAAGAGGAAGAUGGGGAUCGAUCUGAAGGCAGGAGGCAAGAGCAAGAAGACCAAGAGGACCGCUCCCAAGUCGGACGAUAUCUACUUGAAGCUCCUCGUCAAGCUGUAUCGUUUCCUUGUUCGGAGGACUGGAAGCAAGUUCAAUGCAGUCGUCUUGAAGCGCUUGUUCAUGAGCAAGGUGAACAAGCCUCCAUUGUCUCUCUCCAGGCUCAUCCGUUACAUGCAGGGAAAGGAGGACAAAAUUGCCGUGGUGGUGGGCACAGUUACUGAUGAUAUAAGGGUCUAUGAGGUUCCAGCUUUGAAGGUUACUGCUUUGAGGUUUACCGAGACAGUGAGGGCAAGGAUCGAGAAGGCGGGUGGUGAAUGCUUGACGUUUGACCAGCUUGCUCUUCGUGCUCCACUUGGACAGAACACGGUUCUUCUGAGAGGUCCUAAGAAUGCUAGAGAAGCUGUGAAACACUUCGGUCCUGCACCUGGUGUCCCACACAGCCACACCAAGCCAUAUGUUCGCUCGAAGGGAAGAAAGUUUGAGAGGGCUAGAGGCAGGAGGAACAGCAGGGGAUUCAGGGUUUGAGCUUAGUUUCUUACUUGUUAAAGCCAAUUUGGUUUUGACUGUCGCAAUCUAAGUUUUGCUGAAGUUAGUCGAAAGACUAAAUGUGAAGACAGCUCUAUCUAUUUCUGGUUUUGGGAUCGAUUUUCAUAUAUUUUUAAGUCUUGCUA